AUGGCUUGUCUCUCAUUGUUUGUUUUUCUUGCUAUCUUUGUUGUCUCAGCAUUCCCUCCAGCUUGUUAUGUCCAAGGUAUAAUAAGCUGCAUUGAAACUGAAAGGAUAGCCCUUCUCAGCAUCAAAGCAGGCAUUAAUCAUAGCGGCGACCAAAGCUUGUUCUCUUCUUGGACCGGCCAUGACUGUUGCAAAUGGCAAGGCGUGAGCUGCAACCAUGAAUCCCGGCAUGUCAUCAAGCUUGAUCUCCGACAGCACCAUUCAAGAAGAGUUUUCUUCUUGAACUCUUCUCUCAUUCAGCUUCAUCAUUUAAAGCACUUGGAUUUGAGCAUGAACAACUUCGAUGACUCCCCCAUCCCAGGCUUCAUUGGCUCUUUUGCCAACCUUGAAUACCUUAAUCUUUCCGAUGCCGGAUUCAGUGGUGCCAUUCCUCAUACCUUUGGAAACCUAUCAUGCUUGUGCUAUCUUGAUCUUAGCUCAAAUGAUAAUCUACAAUCCAAUGACCUCCACUGGCUCUCUGGAAUGAGUUCUUUGCGUCACCUUGACUUGAGUAGAGUGGACCUUUCCAAAGUGCAUGGUUGGCUUCAUGACAUUAACAGUGUGCUCCCCUCACUACGUGUGUUGAAACUUUCUAAUGCUGAACUUCAAGGUUGUGGCAUUUAUGCUACUACUGAUCUGCCUCAUCAUCUCAACUUCACAUCUCUUCGUGUGCUUGAUCUCUCUGGGAAUGAUGGCCUGAAAAUCACUCUGCUUCAAUGGUUGUUCAAUCUCACUAGCCUUGUACAUCUUGAUCUCUCUGCUUGUGCUCUGUGUGGCAAGUUACCAGUCACAGAAUGUAACUUGAGUCGCUUGAGAGUUUUGAGCUUGUCUGGUAAUCAUUUUGAUGGAGUGAUUCCAGAGUCUUUGGGAAAACUUGGCAGCUUGGAGACACUUGAUUUGUCAGAAAAUGAACUCAAUGGAAGAAUUCCGGAAUCUCUUAGCAAUCUUACAAAUUUAGAGUAUUUCUAUUUGUUUAGUAAUAAGAUUGGAAAGUUGCCAGAGAGCAUCGGGAGGCUGCAGAAGUUGGUGAAGUUUCAUUUGUCCAAUAACCAAAUUCAGGGAUUGAUGCCUGCAAGCAUUUGGGACCUGAGAAACCUGCAAUAUUUGGAUUUAUCACAGAAUAUGAUCAGUGGAGCCAUUCCCGAAUCCUUUGGCAAUCUCACACUUUUGCAGCAUUUUGAUGGGGCUGUUAACAAUCUCAUCGGCAAAUUGCCCGAAACUAUAGGAAAUCUUGUUCACCUUCAAGAUCUAGAUUUGUCUCAAAAUGCAAUAAGUGGAAAGUUAUCAGAGAGCUUUGGAAAUCUUACCCAAUUGCAGUACUUGAGCAUGCAGGGCAAUGGCAUCACGGGGGGAUUACCGGAAUAUGUAGGAAAGCUGUCUGGCUUGUCGGUGCUUGAUUUAUCCAACAACAACAUCAACGGAACAUUGCCAAAAGGCAUGGGGAACUUAUGCAAGUUACUGAUCUUGGAUUUAACAAGCAAUAUGAUCAGUGGAGGCAUUGAUGACCUUGUUGAUGGAUUGUCUAUAUGCAGCAAGGGCCUAGAAACAUUGAAUCUGGGAAACAAUAAUCUGAAUGGAACAGUUCCAGAGAACAUAGGCAAAUUAUCUAAACUGAUAGAACUGAAUCUCCCUUCAAAUUCUUUGAUGGGUGUCUUAACUGAAUCUCAUUUUGUUAGUCUAGUAAGCUUGGGAUUUUUGGACUUGUCCUACAACUCGUUGCAAUUGAAUGUAAGUGAGAAUUGGAAGCCUCCUUUUGAUUGCUUGCUCAUCAGAAUGUGUUCUGUCAAAGUAGGCCCUGUUUUUCCCACUUGGAUAGAAAAUCAGACAUAUUUGAGUCACCUUUGCUUAUCAGAUGCUGGAAUUUCAGGUAACAUCCCUGCAUGGUUUGGAUAUCUAAGUACCUCUACUAGCUAUGUUCUCAAUCUAUCAAAUAACAAUUUGGAGGGGAGGCUACCAAAUUCUUUGAAAAAUUACAAUUUCUAUAGAAUAGAUUUGAGUUCAAACAGAUUUGAAGGCCCAUUACCUGAGCUUGAUCUCUCCUUUUUGCUUGUUAUCUAUCUCAACAACAACUCAUUCUCUGGGUUUAUUCCUUCGUACUUUGCUAAUGCUACGUAUAUUCAAGUUUUCUCUGUGUCUGAUAAUCAUAUCAUAGGCAGUAUUCCGUUGUUCUUCUGUAACCUUACUACCUUGAAAUUGCUUGAUAUAUCUAAUAAUAAUAUGUCUGGAGGACUUCCCUAUUGCUGGAAUUCAACAUCAGCGUUGGAAAUUAUUAAUUUAUCUAACAAUAAUUUCAUUGGUAAAAUUCCUGAUGGCCUUGUGUCCUUAACCAAUCUCCGAUCCUUACAUUUGAGAAACAAUGACUUCUCUGGAGAUCUUCCCUUGUCCUUGAAAAUUGCCAAAAAGUUGGUCACUCUUGACAUUAGUGAGAACAAACUCUCAGGUAGCAUACCAAUAUGGAUAGGAGAAAACCUUUCAUCUUUAGUUGCGCUCUGCUUGAGAUCGAAUUUAUUCCAUGGCAUCAUUCCAGAGCAAUUAUCAAAACUUUCCUCUCUUCAGAUCCUGGACCUUGCACACAACAACCUAUCAGGUUGCAUUCCUCAUUCAUUUGGCGAUUUCAAAGCCAUGGUAGCCACAAACCACAAUCAAUGGUGGUCUUUGUUCUCUAUUGUGAGUGUUGCCAAAGCUUAUUUUUCUAUUGACUAUAAUUAUCGUCAUAAUAGCUUUGCAUACUCAGAAUCUCUCUUGAUUAGCGCAAAGGGCCUUCAAAUGGAAUACUCCAAGGUUCUAUCACUAGUCACAAGCAUAGACUUAUCGAACAAUAAACUUUCCUGUGAGUUGCCUGAAGAACUGACCAAACUACAUGGGUUGCACUUCUUGAAUCUUUCCGGCAAUCAUCUCAUUGGGAAAAUACCAGAAAGCAUCGGUGACAUGAAGCAAAUUUAA